ACAAUGCUGAAGGGAUGCAGAUGUGGCCUCACUCCUCCCCUCUCUGUCCAAACGGCGCCGCUGACGGUCUGAGCAUGCGUGUGUUUAGAGAGACCCCCACCCUCCAAUGACGGGACCUCAAGGUUCCCACGCUCACUACUGUCCUCUUGGGCCUUCUGCUUGUGUUUUUAUUUUCUACAUUCAUGCUAAAGAUGGCUGUCCUGUCUUAAGGAAAGUGAGCUGAAAAGUGACUUUAGGGUUUUUUUUUAGCUUGAUCCCGGCCUGAGGGCGAAAUAAAUGCGAGCUUUCAGCGUCCUCACUCUUUUUGAUCUAUUACUGUUUUUACUGCUUCUGCCACCCAAGAGAAACUAAUCCAAAAUUUGUUUUCUUUUUCCCUUCCUGGGUGUGAAUAUUUUCCCACCAUUAUUUCCAUAUACUGCUUCAGAGCAGGCUGCUUCAAUAAUAAAUGUUUUUGCCAAAAAAAAAAGAAAAAUAGUCCAUGUUUGUUUGCUUUUAUGGGGCCUUUGGGAGUUCAUGGAAAAACUUUAAUAUCCAGCGAGAUCUCUGUUAAAACCUUUCACGGACUUCCUUUAUGCGCAUCUUUUCUGCAACCUCAGAGGUAUAAUGAAUAAUUUCUAGCAGAAUUGAAUGAAUGACUGAAUGACUUCUGACGCAUUGUGCAGCCGCUGACAGGAAAUGAUGUUGCUCGCUUGCAAGAGGCCGUCACUAUAGUAACCGAAGCAGGUGUGCUUAUUAACCGGAAGAGGAGUAGAGGUUGAUCUGGCAGAGAAGAGAACAAGGUCAGAGCACUACAAAGCCUGCCACAAUAAACGGCUGAAAUCUCCCAGCGGCAGCUUUGCCAAAAACAACUCCUGACUUGAAAAUCUUCUUAAAAACUCGCCUGCGAGAAACUGGCUGCGAAGCUGCUGACUGUUUUUACCCUCUUCUUCUGUCAGAGUGAGUAAACAUAGGCGGGGGGAAUGCUCGAGUCGGAGAGGGGCUCCGUAAAGACGGCAAGGUUCCCGGUCUGAGUGGAGUUGAGGAACGCCGUUGUUCUGUCUGACGUUCUGGUGCCUUAAAGUGUCCUUGAGCAAAAACAAAACACUCGGUUCGCCAUCAUGCCGAUCCUAAAACAGCUAGUAGCAUCCUCCUCCCAGACGAAGCGCCGCUCACGCAUGGAUCUGACACGAGAGAUGAUCAGCGCCCCUCUCGGCGACUUUCGCCACACCAUGCACGUCGGCCGCAGUGGCGACGCCUUCGGGGACACGUCGUUUCUCAGCAGCCGCUCUGGAGAGCCCUCCCCUGAGACCUCAUCCUUCCCCCGGUCGCCUCGGCCCGGACUCCUGUCGCGCACCUUCAGGAGCAGCAAGCGCUCCCAGUCGGUGAACAGAGUGGACCAACACGCUGAUGGCAGCCUGAUGGUCCCCGGAGGCUCCCCCACGUUUGUUAAAAACGCCAUGUCUCUGCCUUUCCUCAACAACGAGGACAGAAGCGACAGCAUGGGGGCCAAGAGUUUGUCUUCAAGUCCAUUUAAGCAGCAUGAAGAGGCAGGUGAAAGCGGGGCCGCCGCUGCUGCUCACUUCCUCGAGCUGCAGGAAAAAAGCUUCGGGGAGCUGACGGAGCUACCAGAGUAUCCCGUUCCCUACGGAGGUGGAAUGAAGCACGCAGAGUCGGUGAUGUCCUUCCACGUUGACUUGGGCCCCUCUAUGCUCAAUGACAUCCUGGGUGUGAUGGAGAAAGAAGACGACGAUCUCGGCUUUGAGGAGGGAAAGAGCAGCGAGGGCCGGGCUUCACCCCCCCUCAGCACCCAUGAGGACAAAGAGGACGUUUUAAAGGAAACGGAAGAUGUAGACGGGGAGGAAGAGAUGGAGGAGGACGAUGGUGAGGUGCGGCACGAAGCCUCCAUGCUCUCGGCCGUCUCUCUCGAUCUGAGGCCUGAGGACGAGGGGCCGUACACCCCUGAGAUGAGGCCCAAACACUUGCAGCACCUCGACAGCUGCUCCAUGUCGAGUUCUGGUUCUGCCGCGAUGGAUGACAAACCCAACAGCCACAAUUACACAGGAGAUACAGAUAGUGCCACUUUCAGCGCACCGCCGGAAGAGGAAAGUAAUUUCUCCUCUUUCUUGGAAGAUGAGGAUGAUGAAAUCCGUGUAUGAGAGUCCUGAGCCACAGAAUUAAAGACGUUUGUUUUUUUCUUUUUUUAUGGCAAACUAACACCAAUUCUGUGGAAAUUAAAAGGUGUUGGCACAGGACAAAGCAAGCGUGACUCUCCUUCAGGCAACUCGAGCUUCUCCCUUGGCCUUACCCCUCAGCCAUGUUUGCCUGUCAACCCGUCUCUCCUUUUGAACACUAAGGUGACUGAACAGAAUGCUAGCAGAUGGGCAUACAUUCCAAGAGCAAAGGGAUUAAAAAGGAUCUUUGCUGGGAAGACCACUUUUCACAGCUUAAACCCAGCUCUCUGAUUUGACUUUUUUUUCUUCUUUGGUUGGACUUGCUGAGAGAGCAGUGAGGGGACAUCAUGCGGCCUGAGCCGAACAGAAGGCUUCUGUCACAACAGGAUCAGUGGUGGGUGUCCUGUCACAAUAAAGCGAGCUGUGUUUGUCGCUGCAGAGUGAGAGCGCGCGUCAGGCCUCUUUCAUCAGCAAAUAUUAUAGCAGAGCCGCAGAUCUGUGAGACUUUGUUCCCGUAUCGUCGCUUCUGUAACUCAGGGUCUCUGUGACGCCGCUCGAAGGCAGCCUUCUCCCGCUUUAUGCCUAGACCACAAAGCCUGAAACUUAAUCAUUUUAAAGUUGAGCUUUUGAUUCAACUAAUCAGUACUUUUACAGUUUUUCUGCAUUCUUCUUUGAAUAUGUUUAUUUCUAAGGUUAUUGGCAUCAACAUGAACACACUUGUGUUCCCUCUUCUCGCCUGCAGUUUAACUGAAACUUCAGACGAGUCUGGCAACCACAUCCUUCCUUGUUCGGAUACAUCCGAGCAACUGCAGUGGUGCAACCAAACUUGAUUUUCAUUUCUCAGCUGAACUGUUAUUUAUGCAUCGUUUCCACCACUACAUGCAAGAAGUAGGGUUUCAAGGUUGACCGGAGAGUGCUUCGGCACUUGCAAGUUAACCAAACACUACUAGUAUUCUUUAUGUUUGUAUGUCUGGAAUGAGUGUGCUUCGUUUUUAUUGUCCAAAAAAAGUUAAAAAAAAAAUGGCCAAGAAAGGAGGACAUAGGCAGUAGCAGAUGCAAAGGGCAUUAGGAAAAGCUUGACUUUUUUCUUCUUUUUUUCUUUGCAAGUUGCACAGUCAUUGCAGCCCAGCUCUGCCUCUUGCGUCAUUAAAGCCAUGAGGCUGAGGCUUACUUGUGCUGAUUGAUUUCACUGCCUUAACUGAAACUGACAGAUGUGCCAAAUUAUCAUUUUUGAGCCAAAAAUAAUUUCAGCGCCGCGACUCGCUUGGGAGAGGGAGCCUGACAGAGAUGUUAUUUCGUUUGUGCAGGUAAUGGGUUUGAAUAUAGUUUCAGAUUCCGAGUGUCGGGUUAAAGUCAUCAAAAUAAAUGUUCUGAAGUGAAAAAUCCAGUUGAAAGAGGAGAGAAUGAGUCUGCAAAGCAGGCUGUGCAUCACUUACACACUACACAGUUCAGUGAAGUCAUUUUAAAUGUUUGUUUCGCGUGAAUGAGUUUUUUUGUGAUAUGCCUUAUUUCUUUCUGUAUUCAAGAUAACCUAUAUUUUUCAAUAAAAGAGAACCACGAGUAGCAGUU